UGUCUAGUUAAAUAUUCUCUUCUAUCUUUUCAUCAAAAAGAUACUGUUUAUAUAACACUACUUAUAUAUACUUUUUUGCAUAUUUAUUUACAAUCACUUGACAAAAUAAAGGGUAAGCAACCAUGGAUGCUGUAUCUCAAUUGCAAAGACAGUUUGUUGAACAUGCAACGUCGUUGUAUCGUGAGGGGUACCUUGAUGAUCAGUUUACUCAGCUUUUAAAACUGCAAGAUGAAAGCAACCCGGAUUUUGUUGUUGAAGUUGUAUCCCUUUUCUUUGAAGAUUCCGAAAAGCUUCUUAACAAUUUGGCAACUGCACUUCAGCAGGAGAGUAUUGAUUAUAAACAAGUAGAUGCUCAUGUGCACCAGUUCAAGGGUAGUAGUUCUAGCAUAGGUGCGCAACGAGUAAAGAAUGUAUGUGUCGUCUUCAGAAACUAUUGUGAUGAGAAAAACCUUGACGGGUGUUUAGUAUGUUUGGAACAAGCAAAAAAUGAAUAUCUCCUCGUAAGGAACAAACUUGAAGCCUUGUUUAAUCUUGAGCAACAAAUCUUACAAGCCGGAGGAUCGGUCCCUAUGAUGGCAUAGGUGUCACAACCUUGGCUAGAUAACUAGAUUAUUUAUCGAUAUAGAGCUUUGUAUGAAACUACCAUCGAGAUUAUGUGAAUAAUGUUACUCGUUAAGGAAUGUAAUAUUUUCAAUGUAUGAUCUCGGUAAUAAGAACUUAUGUUGUCUGGAGCAUUGUUUCAUGAUGCCUUUUAUUGAUAUUCUUCAUAUUGUU